CCGAGAGGGGGUGGAACCAAUGAAACUAGGUUGGAGGUGUGAAUGGACGAGUCGACGCCUGCAUUUCUUCCUUCUUGCUAUUUCGUAAUGCAAUUCGGGAGGCAACAAGUACCCAGAAGCAACAUAGGCCUAAUGCAUUAGUCUGCCUUGGGAUAUUCCUGAUUCUAGAGAUUUUGCUGUGGAGGUUCAGUAUUAUACAUGUGGAUUUAAUUUAGCAAUCAAGCUACAUCUAUGUGAUGGCCUUUCCAGAACCCAAACCCAAGAAACCCGAGCUUCCCCAAAAAUUGCUUGGUACAUUAGAAUGUAAACAAGGAGCUAUAAGAGCAGUGAGAUUCAAUGUGGAUGGAAAUUACUGUCUCACCUGUGGCAGUGACAAAUCACUCAAGCUUUGGAACCCACACAAAGGGACUCUCCUCAAGACAUAUUGUGGCCAUGGCUAUGAAGUCCUAGAUGCUGCAGGGUCAUUUGAUAACAGCCAACUUUGUUCAUGUGGAGCAGACAAAACAGUUGUACUGUGGGAUGUUGCCACAGGCCAAGUAAUUCGCAAAUUCCGUGGCCAUGCAGGGAAGGUGAAUUGUGUCCAGUUCAAUGAGGAGGGCACUGUAAUUCUUUCAGGUUCCAUUGACUCCAGUGUCCGUUGUUGGGACUGUCGUUCUCGCAGACCAGAUCCAGUCCAAAUCUUGGAUGAAGCCAAAGAUGGCAUCUCCAGUCUGAAAGUCUCAGACUAUGAAAUUCUUACAGGUUCUGUGGAUGGACGCGUCCGACGUUAUGACCUCCGUGCUGGAGAACUCUGCGCAGACUACAUUGGAAGUCCCAUUACCUGUGUAUGUUUCAGCAAGGAUGGGCAAUGCACCCUAGCUGCUAGCUUGGAUUCUACACUGCGGUUGCUGGACAAGGAUACAGGCGAGCUACUAGGAGACUACACCGGCCACAAGAAUGUAACAUACAAGAUGGAUUGCUGUCUAAGUGAAAGAGACACACAUAUUGGGAGCUGCUCAGAAGAUGGAAAAGUCUAUUUCUGGGAUCUGGUUGAGGGCUCCCUUGUUCUGGCCUUGCCUGUGUGCAAUACUGCUGUCCAGUCAUUGUCCUUCCAUCCAGUUGAAACCUGCCUACUCACUGCUGCAGGGGGUCUUGUUCAGUGUUGGAGAGAAGAAUCUUAUACAGCUGAGGAAGGUGUGCCUACAUGACUAACAUUGCCUUUGUGACUGCACUGAGCAAGACUGCAGAUACAGGAUGAUGGAUCUCUCUGGUGCAUUUCUCUUACAAUUCUAUUCUGAGUACAGUUAUAUGUACUUUGCUUUCAGGAGGAAGGAUGGAGCAUAAUUUGGACUGUGCUUCUUCUGUAGAGACAGCCUGACUGAAAGCUGCCCUUGAGCUUUCAUGGUUCAAAUGUUUCCUUGCUUUAAGUGACAGUAUUUUUAAAUUCAGCCUAUGUAUUACAGACAUUAGUCAAGUAAUCAGUUUAUUUUUUAAAAUUGGAUAUUUCUGGAUUAGAAGUAAAUACAGUUUAAAUGAUAUGUGAGCAUUGUUUUAUUGUAAGUUAUCAUGGCUGAGAUGCUUAAACUAUAUAAACACUGGUCCUGAUUCUUCACUUGGACAGAUACAUUAAUUGAAAUUGUCACUGUAAAAAAUAAAGUAAUCUUGAAAAUAAAA